GGGGAGGGGCGAAGGGCGAAGCAGAGUGGGGAAAAGCAUGAUUCCGCUGCUGCACGGGAAACAUGUGUCUGAUGCUGCAAGCAGUGAGAUAGAGACUUUAAGGACUGUCGCGUCAACAAAUACUGCCACAAGUGCUGCCACAAGUGCUGCCACAAGUGCCGCCACAAGAGGUGUAGCCAUUGCUCUGUGCAAUGCUGGGCUCCUGCGGUCGCUGCAGCACUUGGUGCUAUCCCGCAGCCAGCACCUGCGCCGCCUCCCUUCCUCCAUCACCCUCCUCCUCCACCUCUCCCAUUUCACGCUCAAGGGCUUACCUCACCUGUCCUCCGUUCCCUCCUGCAUACACCGCCUCUCCCGCCUCCAGGAGCUCACCAUUCACAACUGCGAUUCCGUCUCCUCCCUCCCUUCCACGCUCCUCCUCCUCCCGUCUCUCAGAAGCCUUCGCUUGGAAAUUCUCCACUCUCUCACUUCACUACCUGCGCCCCCUCUCUCUCCGUUCUCCCCAUCUCUCUCACCUCCUUUCUCCUCUCGUGCACCCUCUCUGCCCUCCCCCUUGCCUCCCCCUUCUUUCCCUUAUGCCAUAAUUUUGAGAGUUUUGAGGGUUUGAGCUCAGCAAACAAUGGAGGUCAAAAGUGACCUCACGAAUCAGACCCACAUGACUCCGCAAGUUCGUUUGGUAUGGUGGAGUGCGGUUAUCAGGUUCCGUUGCAGUGCGCCAUUGUUGCGCAGCAUGGUUUCCAAUCAUCGCUGGGGAUCAGAGACGACACGUGGCUCUUGCAACACAAGCACCGUAGCGCUCAAUAAUCGUACACUACGACUUUCCGUUCCGCACUAGUCAUUCCCUCACUGCCUCCUACGACAUCGUACCAUUCGUCUGUUCGUAGCACGUGAUGCAUCUACUUGGGGGUUGGCCUUAGGCGUUUCUCCCACAGUCGCCCCUCUCGCCGUUGUCCAAUCGCCAUUCGCAUGGUUCGUGAGGCUUAGAUUCUCACGUAGCGUCCUGCCCCGUCGUGCGUGCGGGCGUGCGUGCUGCGCGCCAUGCGGUACGGCGACGCGCUGCGGUCGCUGGGACUCGCGCACGGCGCGCACAGGGACGAGGUGCGGUCCGCCUUCCACCAGCUGGCCAAGCGCACGCACCCAGAUGUGGUGCCUCCUGGCAUGCGUGGCAAGGCCGAGGCGGAGUUCAAAAAGAUUCUAGAGGCCUACCACUUGUUGUCUUCCCGGCCAGCCAAAUAUCACCCCAUGAGAAGGCGCCCCUCUCCCUCCUCGCCCUCUUCCAUGCACACUACCACAAGUACCGCUGCCGCUGCUGGAGCAGCAGGAAUGGCAGCACGAAUGGCAGCAGGAAUGGGGGGGGGACCGGGAAGUGUGGUGCCGCGCGGCAGCCUGUCGCACCACGGGCUGGUGGCGUUGCCCUUCGUGCUCCUCGUGCUCGGCACUGUCUCUCUCGGCACCUCCUGCCUCGUAUACUCGUACAAGAAAGCUACCAAGGACAGCAAGUCCAGGAACCCGUUUCUUCCAUAGCAGACACGCCGCUCUCGUGCCACAAACUGGGAGGGCGGACACUGCGCACUGCAUGCUGCACACUGAGCACUGCGCAGCCUCACCACAGUUUGGACACACGUCUGCCCUGGUAGGGAGCUUUUGGCUGAACCCGUGCAGGUUCUGGGAUCACAUACUGCAGAAUGUCAUAUCGAAUGGAGGCAAAAAGCAGCUGACGGCUGUUCAUCGAGCAUGCCACGGUCUUUGUAUGUAGUUCUGGUACUGACAUGUACAGGUCGUGAUUCAAGAUGUUGGCAGGUGGUAUCAGAAUUGAAAAUUGAAUGAUGGAUAGAGUGAGAGUACACAAAGAUAUACCU